AUGGCGACUGUUACGACGACGACAACAACCACCACCAUCACCGCGAGCCAGGCGACGAAGCUGGUCUGCUUCUCCUUCGCAGCUUACGCCAGGACCCUAAUCGACCACCUCAAGUCAGCUGGCGUCCCGGUCCUCGAGGGCCUCACCGACCCCGAGUUCACCUCUCUCGAGUCCAUCCUCUUCCUCUCCUUCCCGCCGGACCUCCGCUCGAUCCUCCAGGAGGGCGUCCCCGUCGGCCCGGGCUUCCCAGAUUGGCGGUCCACCUCGCCCCAGCAGCUCCAGAUCCUCUCCAACCUCCCCCGCCUCACCCUUCUCAAACUGGUCUCCAAGAACGACUUCUGGUGCCCCUCCUGGGGGGAGAGGCCCGAAACGGCUGCUACGGCCGUGGCAGCAGCAGAGCGGCUGGUGGAGAAGGCCCCCCCGCUCGUUCCCGUCUAUCGGUAUUGUUAUGUCGCCUCAAGGCCGAGCGUGGCAGGGAAUCCUAUUUUUUACAUUAAUGGCGGGGACAUUCGAGUCCUGAGCUUUGACCUGGCCGGGUUUUUCCGGGACAUGGAGUUUACGCAGAAGGGGGCCGUGCGGACUCGGGCGGGCCCAAAGAUCGACUCGCCCGCUUGGGCUGCCACAGCCCCGAGAAAGAUUGAGUUCUGGAGCGAGGCGGUCGAGGCAGCGCGCUUGGCCAUGCGCGGCUGGUGGGGCGGAGGCGGGAAGCUUGGGCCGCUCCUGGACGAGGUGUUCUGGAGGCUGAGGGAUGGAGGGUGGCGAUUGGAGGAGGUGAAGGAGAUGAUGAUAAUGGACGGCCGUGAUGGGGGGAAGAAGGCCAGUGGGCCCCGCAGUGUGGUGAGGGACAUGGACGGCGUGGUUCGGCAUGUGAAGGCGCUGUCGAGGGAGCUGUUGCGUGCGGGAUGGAGCAGGGAAGAUGUGGUGGACUCGCUCGGGAUCCUGCCCCCCGAUGAGAACAUUAACAAUCAGGGCAAUCGCCCCACUAAUAAAGAGGACUCAUGCCUCAACUAUCAGCAACCAAAGGACAGUGAUGCCGAUGGGGAUGGUGACGGUGCACAUAAAGCUAAUGACGGUGGUGAUGGCAAUGGUCGCCGAUGGACCGAUGGAAAUGCCAAGGAACUAAAUCAUAUGCAAUCGCUCCAAGUUUUGUUGCCCAAGGCCCGGCCACCACGUCACCACGGCAAUAGAUCGUUAGCUUGA